AUGGAAGAUGAUUCGCCCGAAGCAAGCAUUGUUGAAGUGGACAAGUCUUUCUCAGUUUCACAACCAAUGCCAAGUACCUCUUCACAAUCAGAGACAAGUACGUCUUCAGCUUCACAAUCAGUGCCAAGUACGUCUUCAAGUGUUAUAUAUGUGCCUUUAUCGCGUCGUUUCAAAUCAAAACGUUCAUUUCCCGUGUCCUCUUAUUUUCACAAAUCUAUAAGUGCUAAAAAACGUGAUGAUAUUCACAAAUUACUUGUAAGCGCUAUAGUAAAAAAUUAUUUAGCUUUUCAAAUUGUUGAAAGUAAAGAGUUCAAAACAUUACUGUCUGCUUUAAAUCCAGCUUACGAACUUCCAUCCCGAAAAACAGUUUCUAAAACAAUAGACAGUUGGACUUCUAUAUCAAAUGAAAGUUAUGUAUCUGUAACAGCCCAUUUUAUAGAUUCAGACAUAACUUUUAAAUGCUAUCUUUGGGACUGUUUAAAUUAUAGCGAAAGCCAUUCGGCCGAUAAAUUGGCAACUCUUUUGCGGUCUGUUGCUGAAGAAUGUAAAAUUGGAAAUAAAAUUGAAGCUGUAGUUACAGAUAAUGCAGCAAAUGUAGUGUUUAAAGCAAGACGUCAUUACACGUUGGAACUCGACUUGUUUUAUAGAAUUUUGGAAACUAAAGACGCGCUUUUAUCUACAAUAGCGAUACAUUACCCAAAUGUAGAUACGCUCACUAGUGAUGAUAUUGUUACUUUGCAAAAGUGCUACGAAGUUUUAAACGUUUUUUUAAAAAUAUCACAGAAGAAAUUAGCAGCGAAACACAAGUAA